GUGUUUUGCUUUGAUAUUAAUGUGACAGAAUAAAAGAAAAACAAAAAAAAAACGAAUUAACAGUUGGCGCCCUUAUCAGAGCCACUAAGCAGUUCAUUUGAGCGAGCGCUGUCAAGUGUAUUUGGUAUAUUUGUAUUUGGUAUAUUGAAUAUUGAAAGCUGCGGUCACGCUGAGAGCAUUAUAGAUGUGAACGGGAUUCGACACAAUUGUAAUGGUCUUUGAAAAUGCAUAAACACCAUUUUACAUGAAGUAUUCAAACAAAAGCAAACUCAAAUCGUGUGCACGUGGAUGCGACGCAGCGUGUGUGCCGUACGAGGCGAACAGUGCAAAGGACAGUGCACUCACUAAUUGGAAACACAGCACAAAAGACACAAUAACCAAGUAAGCGCAAAAGUGUCAAAACGAGGAUGAACCACACCCCCCCGUGCAGCACCCCACGCAGCCCGCAAAAGCAAUCGCAUUGAUUACUACAUAUUUUCAUCAUCAUCAUUGUGUGUGUGUGUUUGUAUGUGAGCAGCGAGCAACGAAAAAACAAUUUACAAGCAAAUUUAUGCAAAAAUGUCGCUAAUAAUUGGUGGAGGAGAAGCAGUAGGAGGUGGAGGCGAAGGCGGCGUCGCGUUGGCUGAGGAAAUGCAAGAUGGAGACAACAGCCGAGAACUGGAGCCGGGAGAGCUGGUCACACCGCCCCAUCAACAACAACAAGGCAAUGCAAGUCCAGCGCUGAAGAAAGUACUGGCCAAGGACGUUAUGAACAAAUCAUUGCGCAAGCUGACAACACAAAUCGAUAACGAUAACGCGAACUCUGGCGAAGAAAAUGUGCGCGCUUUGCUGGAGCUGGAAGCCAUCAGGCGCAAGGAGGCGACUGCAAAUCAAACCCAACCAAAUGGCAGCGCCACAUGCGAAACAACCUCAACAGAAGCGGAUGCGGAUGACAGCGAAGGUUUGUACUCUGAUACCGAUUCCGAUUCGCAGGAUGUGAAGGAUGUGCAGUUGGCGCGCCAGGAGAAGCAAGCGGAAGCAGCUGCCGCUUCAACAUCAACUCCAUCUUCAUCAGCAUCAUCACAAUCACAACAACAAUCGCCCGCCCCGCAUCACAGCAAUUUCAUUGGAAUCAAUCCGCUGCGUUUUCACAUGCGUCCGCCGCCGCAAUGCUUUGACUUCGGGCGCAUGGGUCCAUUUCGACCGAGGAUGCCGCGUGGUGGCAUGCGAGGCAUGCGUUCGCCCUUCUUCAGUCGGCCGCCGGCACCCAAUCGUUGUAUAACGCCCAACAACAGCGUUUUAUCAACACUAUCGUCAUCAACAACGUGCAAUGGACCUCAGGCAACGACGUCUACAAAUGCAGCAGCAGGCAGCACCUAUGGACCAGCUUUACCUCCCAGUCAAGGCCCAGGACAAGGCGGAAUGCGUUCCCGCUCUGAAUUAAUCUGGACCACUACGAAGCCAUCGAUGUCGUUCAUUUUUAAAUUGGUCAAAGAUUGCGGCAACAAGCAGCAUCGAGAUUGCGGGCCGCGUGAUAGACGCAGCAGGGAACCUGCCAGCAGGUCAAAGGAGAAAGCUAACAAAGAGCUGCCCAAGGAACAUAUGGAGAAGCAACGCGAACGCUCCAAGGAACGAGCGGAGCGACGAGAACGUUCUAAAGAACGUGCACAGCAGCGAUCACGUUCCAGUUUAGCAAGCAAUCCAGAUGCCGGCAAGAGCUACAGACGACGGGAGCGAUCCAAUCACAGGGAAAAACGAAGGGAACGAUCCAAAGAGUCGAGGCAGAAGACGCCGCGUUCGCGAGAGAGAACGGAGAACCAUCAGAGGGCAAGGGAACGUUCCAGGGGGCGAUCGAAGCCAACGGAGAAGUCAAAUGUACGCCAUAGGGAGCAAGAGCGUCGCCACGAGGCGAGCAGCAAUGUAAGUAAAGAAAAGUCCCGGGAACGAACAGAAAGGGAGACACGGCGAAGUCGCAGCAAGAGUCGCAAGGCAGAGAUAAAAGUGAGAACACCGUCGACGCCACCGCCACCAACAGUAGCAACGGCAGCGGUGACGCCUCAGCCAGAAAUACAGCAACAAACACUGCCAGUUGUAGAGCAAAAUAUGCAAGAACAGGAGAAGGAGCAACAGCAGCCGCUAACACCGCCAAGAGCGCCAACGAAUGUCGUCGAGACGCGCAAAGCUUUCGAUAUAUUUGCCGAAUCGCCGCCAAGACUGAACAAAGAAGCCAGCCCAGUCAGGACAUUGACGCCCACGCCAGUUGUGUCGCUGGAGCGAAGUACGACGCCACCUCUUGACAAUCGACACGUAAACAAAUCAGCAACGCCCCCAGAGCCCGCAAAAUCAACAACACCGCAGCUAAAAAUGCACAGCGAGAUUCACAGUCGCAUUGGAGCGCUUCUCGAGGAUAAUGAUUUACAUUUGGAUGCAUUGUUGGCCACCAAGGAACAGCUACUGCGCAAGAGUCAUGAGCAUCGCAGCAAGAAGGUGGUAGAAGUGAUGCAUAUCAAGCAGGAAAUGGUCGAGGAAGAGCAUCCGAGAGAGAAACCAAGGCAUGCGAAUCCUUUCAAGCGUGAAACAGUAUUAACUGAAGGUCGCCGCAGCAUGCAGCGCAAUGGUGGCUAUCGAAAUAGCUCCAGAGACAGGGAGAGAGAGAGGGACAGAGAACGGGACAACAAGUAUAGGGAGCGCAGCAUUAAGCAGGAGAAGAAUCGCUCCCGAACGCCGCCGUUGCUCACAGCGCGUCAGAUAAAAGUGGAGCGCAAUUUGACGCCGCCGCCACGAGAUGUGGAGCGAGAAAUCGAGUGGGAAAAAGAACGCGAACGUGAUAGGGAGCAAGAGGUGCCAGUGCGCAAUGGAGCGCGGGUUGCCAAUGAACCGCCUCCGCCAACCAAACCUCUUGCUGUUACCGCUGAUGCACACAGUCCGGAUACGGAUGACUACAUAGACAACUGGGAGAACGAUGACUCGACAGCAGGCGGCGAUAGCAGUACGCCGAAGAAUGCAGCGAACGCAAUUGUGGCGCGCUUGAAUGGCGACGACGAUGACUCGAAUACCUUGUGGAAUGCCAAGAGCACGCCGCCACCCAGGGCGAAACAGCAGCAAACAUCGGCAGUAGCAGAAACAGCAGGAGAAGGAGUCGCAACAACUGUGCCUGACAAGCCGUUGAUUAAUAUACAGGAUGUGUAUGACACGUUCAUGAAGAGUAUUAAGAUGGGAGGCAACAGCUCGACUGAAGCAAGCGAGAGCACAGCAAAUCUGGCUACAACUGCCACAACCACAACAGCCACAUCAAAUAGUUCCUUAAGUAAUUCCACUGCCGAAGAAUCUUCCAGCGAUGGCACAGAUGACGGCACGUCGAGCAGCAGCAGCGGCAGUAGCAGCAGUGCAAGCAGCUCCGAUGAUGACGACGAGGAGGAGGAAGAUGACGAAGACGAUGAUGCUGAUGCUUCGAGUGCAGAGGACGAAGAGCAGACGAACAAAAACGAGCAGGAAGAGCAAAAGCAACUACUCAGCAUGGACAACACCGAUCAAUCGCAAUCAUCCGCCACCGAAGAGUCAACGCCCGGAAAGCAACAGCUUAGCUACAAGAAGAAUAAUGUGAGUCGGGAUCUGCGCAAGCUGCAGAGUCUCGAGGAUAAUCUGGCGCGCAUACAAAUGAUGCGAGAGAACUACGAUUCAGGUGAUGAUAUCUGUGAGGAGCUACUGAAAAUGGAAUCGCUGUUCAUUACACAGCGGAAUGCCAUCAUGAACAAGUAUCGCAAGUCGGAGCUAAAGCCGCCGACAGCAGCUGGCGAUGAGGAACAGCAAGUAGAACAGUCGCCAGCCGUUGAGACGCCGCCGCAAGUCGCCGCAAUUGCAUCGCCUGUGAACAACAUCUUCAAUGCCAAUCGGGAGGCCAUCAAGCUGACCAUUUCCCCGUUGAAGCUGUCGGCACGCAAACCCGCCAUCUUCGACAAGGACGAGCCGGAGACGACUACGCAGCCAGCGCCAACAGAACCGAAGCUGGUCAAGCCGCACAAGGAGAUUGCCAUUGUCAAGCCCACUAUUAUGGAUACGCGUCACUCGAAGCCACUGCCACCAUCUCCGUUGUCCGUUUCCCGCUCCCAUAACUCAAGUCAUCAUCCGCCGUCAUCACAUCAGCAACAUCCGCCGCAUUCACUGAAGCGUUCACGCACCCGCGAACGCUCCAGAUCCCGCUCGCUCUCGAGGAAUCACUUCCGACGUCAUAUGCGACCGAGUCGCAGUAAGGAUGUCACCCGCUCGCCCAGUCCCAGACGACGGCGACCGCUUACUUCGCCUCCGCUGCGACGCGGACGCUUUGUCAAGGGGCGCAUGGGCAGCAUGGGACGUCACAGUCGCAGCAUAAGCCGCAGUCGAACGCGCAGUCGCAGUCCGCUGCACAGGCGCAAUCGCAACGUGAAGCCAGCGAUGAUGCGACGACGUCGAAGCUCGCUAUCGCCACCCGGCGGCGGCAAGCUUUUCGCUGGUCCACGAUCGCCACCACCGCCAAACAGACGUCGCUCCUUCAGUCGCGACAGAUGCUACUCCCGCUCACCAUUGCCCUUCAAGCCGCCUUCGCCACCCAUGCGACGCAGUUGGUCAUCAUCGAGAUCCCGCUCACCACCACGUCGUCGCCCGCGCACUCGAUCGCCGAGUAGAUCGCGUUCGAGAUCGCCUCGCAGUCAAAGCUUUGCUGACUACUUUGUGGAGAACCAGAGCAUGGAGGCAGCUGAAUACUACUACAACAUGACCAUGAUGCAGCAUCAGGAGGCGGCGGCUGGUGGCGAGCACUACGACGGAUAUGCCUACAUGGAUCCGGUGUACAGCAUGGAGGAGGCCUAUGCGCAGUACAGCGGAGAGUAUGCGGACGGCGCAACAGCUACUGUGGCGCCCAUGAACUAUGAUUAUAACGGCGCGCUAGUGGAACCAGUUGGAGCAGCUGGCGCGGCGAUGCCUGUGCUGCGGGAGCUACCUAUGGCACCCAUGUCGUCCAUGACGCCUAUAAUGCCCAUGGCACCCAUGCCUAUGUCAUCGGUGGCUGUGCAAAAGGGCAAUGUGCUGGAGAUUGUGCCCUCGAUGGUGGCGACUGUGGAGCCCUUGGCGAUAGUGGCGCCUGUGCAGCCCGAGGUGCCACUCGAAGAUAACAGCAAACCAAAGCGCAAGCGCGUCAACUUUGUGGAUAUGGUGCUGCCUAACUACGAGAGCGACAAGGAAGAUCGCAAAGUUGUAGUACAGCUGCUGGAGCAAAAAGUGCGACAGAAUCAACAACGUGCUGCCGCACAGCUUGCACGCGAGCAACAGGCGCGCGAACAGCUCCUGGCGCUUCCCGUACCACCUCGACCCAUGGCGCCCAAGCCAACGACUGCGAGUAAAGCGGUGCUGGUGCAGAAGAAGCCCGUCUUUCGUUACUAUCACUGUGAUGUAGCCAAAGGUUUGGUAAUCAAAUCACGCGAACGUAUCUUACGACCCACACAUCCAGCACCGCCACCGCACUUUGAUCCCAAGUACAUGGCCAUGUUGGUAAAGUCUGGACGUCUGCCUAUGCCUUCGUUUAUGCGUCAUCGACCGCCACCGCCUCCUGCCCAGGCUGAGGCCUUACUGCAGGAGUUCUUCACGCGACAUCCGCCACCGCCGUUGCACCAUGUGCUGCCCCAUUAUCUACGCGGUCCACCGCCAGCGAUGACAGCGCCCACAUCACAGCCGAUUCCCGUGCUCGGCUCACAGAGCUACAGCAGCUAUCAUCCAACGCCUGCGCCCAUGCCAGUGCCUGCAGCUUUAACCACACCAGCGCCUGUGCCACAACCUGUGCCGCUACCUCUGCCGCUGCCACUGCCCGUUCCUCCGCUUACUGCAUCGCCCAUGACAUCGACACCUCCGCCAUUCUUCACGCCACCGCCGCUGCCCACGUUAUCAUCGCAUUUCAAGGUACAGCCAGUGUCAACGAUGCGAGAGAUUAUGCCGGUGGAUAUACUGCAAAAGAUUGGACCGUUGCCGAAAACACUGGACUUGGAUCCUGGCCUGGAUGAGCCCACUUCCGAUCUCACGGAUGCCGAAGCGGCGCCGAAAGUGGCAGCCGAUGCCAAGGUGCAAACGCCGUCAGCACCACAACUGCUUGAAGCCUAAGACACAAAUCGAAGAGAACAGGAACAGACACACAACACAAUGCACGCUCCUCAGCCACUUCCUGAUCAGUUUUAAGAUCACCCGGUUCGCUAUAUUAUACACUCUUAUAGAUAGAUACUCGCAUGUACUUAGAACCGACAAACCUGCAAGCUGGACACAUCAUAUAACAAGCUAGUUUUAAGUAGUUAUCUUAUAGCCUUAGCGUGGACGUAGACCUAUUUCAUUUUUUUUUACAUGAUCAACCAACGAGCCAAACUCCUGGCAAUUAUAUACGUAUCAUUUACAUUGGUUUUAUACUUCCAUAGAAACAUUUAUUAUUUUGAAUUCAUUUUGAUUUCAUUUGUUUAUUGGAAGCAGAACGCAUUUAUUGUUAACUCGAGAUAGUUUUAAAUAACAGAGCAUUAUUUAGCAUCCUCAUUGUCAUUUAGUCCAUUGAUUUCUACAAGAAACUAAAACGCCUGUAAAUAGAAUCGAUUCAUCUGGAAAAAUGUGAAAAUAUAUCGAAUCGAAUCCCUAGUCUAAGCAAAGUUCGUAUUCUAUUUAAGAACAAAAACAAAACAAUCGAGAAAAACUAAACAAAUUAGAUUUAUACUUAAUUCUGCAAAUAAACGAAAGUACAGUUGCGUACAUAGAAACAUAACA